UAGUAGGAAGCAAGCUUGUAUUUUUUCCAUCUUACCGGAGUAGCAUUCAUAAGCUACUGUGGCAACUUAAUACCGGUUUUGGAUUUAAUUGAAACUUCCAAGAAAUGCCUCUGCCAAGAUUAUUGAUGGUGAUCACAGGAGACGAUUUUGGCUACUGCUCCAGAAGGAACCAGGGGAUUGUGGAUUGCUUUUUGGCCGGAGGCAUUUCCAAUGUAUCCCUGCUUGUUAAUGCCUCGGCUGCCAAAGAGGCAGCUGGCCUGGCUGGCAGACACAAAAUCCCCAUUGGCCUCCAUGCCAACCUGUCUGAGGGCACCCCUGUGUAUCAGCACCUCCAGCAGAUUUCCACACUGGUUAACCCUCAAGGCUUCUUCCAUGGAAAGAUGGGUUUUCGCCAGGCCUUGGAGAAAGGCCAGCUCAGCAUGAACCAGGUAGAGCUGGAACUGAGGGCCCAAGUCAGGCGCUUUAUAGAACUGACAGGUCACCUGCCUCAUCACAUGGACGGACACCAGCAUGUUCAUGUUCUGCCAGAUGUUCGUGAAGUGUUUGCACAGGUCCUCUCUGACGUAAGGAUUCCAUUCACUCGUGUUCCAAUGGAGCCAGGUUUGCACAGCUGUCCGUGGCUGCCAGCACACCUCCACACUUUUUACAUGGAAGUGGAAAAGGAUGCCCUGGACUCAAUCCCUGUCUUCAAACACCAUGGAAUCAGGUGGCCAGACGUGUACUUGGGACUCUCCACCAUGGGUCAGAACAUGUCCGUUUCGAGCCUGCAGAGGGCUCUCAAGCAAGCUUUGGGAACAAGAACUUCUAACACCAUUUCCAGAAGAUCACCUGGCCUUCAUCAACCAGUCGUCACAGCAGAGCUUAUGGUUCAUCCAGGUUACCCAAGUCAUCCUGAUGAAGGUGGCUGUGGGGAGGGCCCAGAUGACUUCUCCCAGUCUGCUGAAAGAGAACAUGAGCUGAAUAUGCUCAGAAGCCCAUCUGUCCUGGAGCUUUACUGCCAGGAGGGAGUCCAACUCUGUGGUUUUAGAGACCUUUGACAACUGUUGUCAUGGAAUAGUACAGUUUUACACUUGUGGAUAAAGUUUAUAUAUGUAGAGUCAUUAGAGAUGUUUAUAAUACUAAUUGAGCCUGAAAGGUUUAAUUACAAGAACUUCAAAUCCUGAACCAUGUGGAACAUUUUGUUUACUAAAAUAGGUCAGGUAACCAGAGGGAAUUUCUUAAAUAAUUUUGUUUGGAUGAAAUCGAAUUACAUUUAAAUAUAUAAGAGAAAGUAUAACUUAGGAAGUUAAACUAGAUGAAUACAGUCUAAAAGGUCAUGUUCUACAAUUAUUUUUAUUGCUUCCUUAUUUAUGCUGACAGCAUUAAAAAGGUAGCUCCCAGCUCGAUGAAACUUUCUUUGUCAUAACGUAUCACAAGUUUAUCACAUACACAUGAUCAAUUGGUGACAUUAACUCACCCAUUUAUCCCCCUAGGAGGAAGUUGCCUUUUUCCUGCUGUUUUUUUUUCUUUUUACUCUAUGAUUAAUGCAGAUUUAAACAUGUACUUAAUGAAAUAGAACAUGUUGGUAAAUCCUUCUCGCAACAUGAGCUGCUGGCUGGAGCAUGUGGGUGUGGCUUAAUGGCGAAUUCCAAUCUGUUGCCAUUCACAUACAUUUGACUCUAAAUCACACAUGCAUCAUCUGAUUUGCACCAAACUUCAUAUGAUUUACCUUUAACUUCUAAUGAGCCCAGUUGCCUUAAAUUGUAAUUUGACUCCACUGCUCCCUGUAGAUUAUUCCAACAGCUAAACCUCCUUAAUACAUCAACCAAUCUGCAUAAGAUUUUAUGUGCAUCAUCAGUGCUCAACACAUUGAGAGUCAAGAUAUGUGCCUUGACUCACACAUCUCAGAGGUAGUGUAGUCAGUUGGGAGGACAAAAAAAUGGUCAAACACAGAGUAGUCUAUUUUAUAAAAUAUAUAUUUUUGAAUUUAGUGUAUCCACCAGUUUCCUUUGUAAACUUAAUGAUUUUCUUAAUGAUUUUAAAAUAGAGGUUGAAAACCAUAACACUUUGCAAUAAAAUACAGUCAGUACCACCAUGUUCACUUAGUAACAGUAAAAAGAAAGGCAAACAGAUAAAAAGACACCUGAAGCGAUCAGACAGCAAGUAAAGCAGCGCACCUGGACCAACUCUCAGCUGGAUGAGCAUGACAAUCAGAAGGCUAAAUGAAUAACCCGAAAAAUAAUUUGAGUCAUCGUGAUAGUUGUGUAAAAUCCUGGUUCUACUCUCGCUGUUGGACUGCCGCCAUGCGCUAUUGAUAAAUAAUAUUUCACAGACGUAGUGCCACUCAACCUCCACUCGGCAGUGAAAUCUCACCAAAUGUCUGCUAAAAGCUGCAGCGUGUAAUUUAAAAAAAAAAGAUUUUACAUGUAUUAAAACUUUUGGUAUGACCUAAUAUAAAAGAGAUAAUCCUUAAAAAAUAAUCGAUCUCUUCUCCCUCCUAGCAUUCUGCAGUGGUUUUUGAAGUUGUGACUCUUUAUGGAUCUCUGCCAGAUUGUUGAAUCUUCUCAAUUUGAUCAUCAAGAAGAUAAUCUCUUUGGCUGGUGCAACUUCUCCUGCCAAAUGUUGCCAUAUCACUAGAUUUCCAGUGACAUGCUUGGACACAGCUCUCUGUGGACAGCCAGCAUCCUUAGCUAUGAACUUUUGUGGCUUACCCAUCCUAUGGAGGGUAUCAAGUCUUCUCCAUAAUGAACGGAACUGAGACAAUUGAACCAAACUCAAGCAAUUUAAUAACACCUGGUGGUGCUUUGACUGUAGUAGAUGAUUAGUGCGUCACACUCAAUUUGCAACAUUCAUACCCUGUGAAAUUUGGGCUGAUUUCUUCAGAGUAUUCUAAAUUUUAAUUCCUGCUUUUGUGGACUUAAUGAGCUGGAAGCCCAAAUUAUGUAACAAUAAACAAACAAAUACUUGAAAUCGUUUAAACUGUAGGCC